AUGGCAGCAGCACAACAUGGUAGCAACACAAAAAAUGGAACAAACAUUAUUGGGCACAGACAACAGCACAAAGGUCAAGAAGGUAGAAACAAUAAUACAUCACACGAAGCAGCCACAACUGUCAGUAAGAGUUGAAGAUGUAUCUACACAGUGUAAUUAUGGGUCUUCAGUGGUAUAGGCUAUUACUAUAUGUUGAAUAUAUGCUAGUAAAGGCCUACAGUAUUUAGUAAACUGUUACUUUUAUUUUAAGACUGAUUUAGAUAAAAUUAUGCUUUCUUAAUUAAUUAAACAUCCAAUCGCAUUAUAUUUUAUAUAAUUUUCCUGCAGCUCCACUAAUGUCUGAGCUGAUAUGCCAGUUGUCAUGUUACACAAUCAGAUAUUUAGAAAAUUGAAAUAGUUACUUGAAAUGAGACAGCAUGUGCACAGAUUUUUUCCCUAGUUUGUUUGCACUUAAUUUAUUAUCCACAUUUGCUUAGCUAUAGCCUGUUUGGUAUAUUAUGUAUAUUUAUGAGAGUUAGGUUGACACUGAUGAGCACACCUUCAGGACAGGUGUCCUAGAGAUGGGUUAUAAGGUUGCUAAGUGCUUUGUUUGGGUGUCCUCGGUCUAAAAGUAUUCAGAACACGGGAUUGUACUGCCCUCUUGUGAUGAGUAGGGAUAUGACCGAAUAAGUAGAACGGGUAGCGCAAGGACACGCAUGCGGUAGCGGAUCGGCUCGCGAUAUUCUGUACAUACCGCUUUGACGUAACCACGCGGAAAGGCGGGGGACCGUCGCUUCCGCGCGCGACCGACCGCAUUCUCAAGUCAAGAUGGACGAAAAGUUGAUAUUGUCCGUUUUUAAUUUUCCUGAGCUGUAUAAUACAACUUUGCCAGAUUACCGCAAUGGUGACACAAGAUCACUUGCUUGGCGGAGAAUCAGCGCAUUGACAGCUCUUCCAGCUGAAGAAUGCAAAAGGAAAUGGAAGAAUCUAAGAGACCGAUACUUCAAGGAAGUACGACAGGAGAAAAGGAGUAAGGAGGAGACAGGGGAGCGCACCACCAGCCGAUGGAAAUACAGACAACUUCUGAACUUUCUUCAACCAUUCAUUAAACCCAGAAACAGCAAUGCGGACCAUGACAACCAGGACAGCCCUGACACAAUCAAUAAAAGCACACAGAGUGAGAUCAAACCUGUCAAAACACUCAACACAGCCCUGGUAAACAACAUGAAAACCCCUACUACCCAGGUUGGGACCAUGUCGCAGCUAGCCUUUGUGACCCAGCUGUCCCCAGCACAACAAGGCACCCAGAUGGCCCAGCUGGCUUUCCUGGCCAAGCUACCACCAGGCGCCCAGAUAUCCCCAGCACCCCAGCCAUCCUCAGUGCCCCAGCUAUCAACAUACACAACCAGGAAGAGACCUCAGACACUACAAGAGUCACCUGCUUCACCAUGUUCCUCAAGCACUCCUGCCAAGCUCUCCACAAAGAACAGGAGGCUGCUGGCAAAAGAGAAAGAUCACAGAUCAGAUUCCACGAUCCCUAACCGGCAGUGUGACGAGGAUGAGAUGUUUCUCCUCAGCUUCGUUCCUGCCUUGAAGAGGCUAGCGCCACAAAAAAGAUGCGAGACCAAAAUGAAGAUCCAACAGAUAAUGUAUGAGGCAGAGUUUAGUGUAGAUCAGCCAGUGACUGUCAAAGACCCACUGGUGACAGUGUCCAAUGAACUGCCAGAGCCCGUGCCUCAAGAAAACCAAGGGCCAGUGUCACAAGAAGAGCCAGAGACAUAACUCGUUCAUUUUUGUAGGGUCUACAGGGGUUGUUCUCUGUGGAAGUUUAGAUAUUGUUUCUUUGGACCUAAAGUAUUUUUUGUAAAAUAUAUAUAUUUUAAAUCUCUCUCCUAAAAGUUGAAGAGGCAAGUUAUUAAUCUUCUGUUUUUAGAAUAAUCACAUUUUUGGUGGUAUCAUAUUGAGAGGUAUACUUUAUAUUUUUCACAAUAGUUGAUUAACAACCAAAUCUUAAAACAUUUGCUGUUAUGAAUGCAAGUUGUUAACCAAAUUGAAAGGGCUGUUAUUCUGUUUCUAAUUUAGAAUGUUUAUUUGACUGGCAUCAUUAAGUGGUUGCAGCCUGAUGAUAAAAACUUUGACUACCCA